AUGUCACAGCAAGGAGUGCAUGCGGCGUUGGGGAAUAUACCGAGAGUUGUAGUGCGGCCAACGGUGGAUAAUGUUGUAGCGUCGACGUAUCUUGUCAAGGGCAUCGUCUUCUUCCUCGCGCACCCGUUCCUGUACCCUCUACUCAAAGCGCGACUACUACCGGCAGUACUUCUCAGCCUCUUCGUGCUCAUAAACCUCUUUGUAUGGACGUUGCUGCCCCAAGUACUCUUCCUCAAGAUAUUCCACACGGCGGGUAGUGCAUGGGUCAACGCCGUGUUUCUCGUCUUGGGAGAGGGAGCUGCGAUCGUCGCAUUACUAUUCGAGUCUUUCCUAGUGGAUGAAUCGCAAGUCGAUGUGUUCGACGCCGUCCUCAUCUACAAAGGCUACGAAGACCUUGUCCGCAAACACCGUCCCGUCACUGAAGAUGCGCUGAACGACCCCGUCCGUCGACUAGGCAAGCCUACGCGCUCUUCUGUCUACGCGCCGUUCUCCUUCCGCCAGAUCGCCGAGUUCGUCAUACUGCUGCCUGUGAACUUUAUACCAUAUGUCGGGGUGCCGAUAUUUCUUUUGCUCACGGGCUAUCGCGCGGGUCCGUUCCAGCAUUGGCGAUACUUUCAGCUUCUGGGCUACGACAAGAAACAGAGGAAUCUUGCCAUCAAGAAGAGGAGGUGGCAAUACACUUGGUACGGCACAGUCUAUCUCAUGCUGCAGUAUGUGCCGCCGCUUAGCAUGUUCUUCCUCAUGACGGCACCAGCAAGCUCGGCGUUGUGGGCCGCGGACCUGGAGAGAGCGCGGAGGGAGCAGGAGGCGAACCUGGCUGAGGCGCCGCAGUACACGGACGAACCGGACACCGCUGUAUGA